AUGCGUUCUGGAAAUGUCUCGGGUUUGGAAUACAUAUCACAGAACUUGUAUCUCUUUAUCUGUCUUACAGCUGGAGAUGUGACGGUGAUUGGGGAUAUGGCCAUUGGUUGGAUUGCUAAGAAUGGAAAAUUAUAUUUUCAGGAUCCAUAUAGUCCUGGUUUUGUUAUAUGUUACCAAUUAUACAUUCGACAAGUCAAGAUUGGUGUCGUUUGCGAGAUCGAGAAGAAAACAAUUGGACAGCAAUUCAGUUCAAGCCUGUAUUCAAUACAGAAGAUUCUUUGCACAUUUCAAUUCACGUAAGAUCUUUUGGGUGUUUCCAUGGGAUUUCUACCAUUGUUGCAUGAAGUAUUUCCUAACAACGCGAAAAUUUCAGCGUUUGUAGAGUUCAUUGAGACGAUCAUUUUGCUCGGUUUAGAUUUCGUAAAAUGUCACAGCAUCUUUGCUUUCCAAAGCUCAACUUUUCACACUUUUUCAUAUAAAAUGCACACUGAUGUUUUUCGAAACUUUUCCUUCUUAGCUAUUACUUUCCAUAUAUUUUUGUACUUAAAGUUCUCUAAAUAGGCUAGUUUCAUUGAGCUUUGUUUACACUAUCUGGAGCUAGUUGCUUCAGACUCUAUAACUUUUCAAGAAAGGGCACAAGCUCAUAAGUCUCUAUAGAUACACCUUGUGAAUGGCUAUACAUUUUCGCUAAUAAAGAUCCAGUUUUCUAAAUUCUCCGAAUAACAGACACACAGGAAAUGAUCGAGCGGAACUUGCGCUACAAACUGGUAUACAUGAUUUCUCGGGAGCAUAGAGAAAUGUUGUAACGGUAAAGAUAGAAACUUAGUUGAAUUUGGACAUAUUGUUCUACUAUUUGACCACCGUGAUUACUCGUAAAACUAGAAGACUCUGCAAGAGGAAGCACUAGACUAUGUUUGCCUACUUUAACUAAUGAGUUUUUACCUGAAAAAAUAGGUUACACGUCAAUUUAACGAUGGUGAGAUGAUGCCUCUUUUACAGAGCAUGUCUAAAGUAAGAUCUUUUUCUUAAUUUUUGCUUUUCGUAUAUAAUUCUUUCAAUUUCCAUAAACUCUAAUUUCUAAUAUAGAAAAUAUAUUUUAUGAACAAUAGAUAUGCACACCGACUUUUGUUAUUGAAAUAGUCAAUUCAUGAGGUGACAGCUUCCAUAUAGUAAGCUCCUCUGUCCUAUACCCCCACAAUUUACACCAAACGUCGAAUCAGGUUCUCAAUGUUUGUUUAAAGUAGUAAAGUCGGAAGGGAUUGAUCUAUGAUAAAUACGAUGUUCUUACGAUCGCGGCGGUUUUAAUAAAUACUUUUGGCGCUAAAUUGGAUAGAAGAAGACUGAUGACGAAGAAAAGGAUAAGAGUCAUAAGAAAUCUCAUUGUGCUGAGUGAAUGAUUAUCUCAAAGCAAUAGAAAUGUACUAAUUGAUUCCAUUCAGUAGUAAAGACAUUAAAGACAAAAACUGUUUGAGUUACUAUCCUCCUUUUACAAAC